UUUUGACCUACCGCCUUUGAAGAAAAUUUGAAUUUCAACUGAAACGGAAGGAAUCCCGCUCACGAGCUAAAUUCGAGCAGCAUUUUCAUUUCAUUUUGAAUUUCACAAAAAUUUCAUUUCUGCAAAUGAUUUUUUGUAUAAACUUCCGCCACACUACAUUUCCAAGAUCUCGCCGUUCAACCUCCUUCUCCGAAAGCUCCUUCUUCGCAUGAGAGAGUAUACAGAAGCCAUCCCCCAUUGUUAUUCUUAUUAGCAUCGCCCUUCUCAAAAACCCAUUUCUCGAAGAUAUUCAACACAAUGCCUGAGGCAAGAGAUCGAUUAUCGAGGCAAGAUGACGUUGUAGCAGCUUUCAGCAGAAGACGAAUUUCAAGCCCACGUGAUACAAAUAUUGGAAGGGGUAAUUCGGUAGUUUUUGUUCUGGAAGACGAAAGCGAAGACGGGCUUACUGCAGGAACACCGUUUCGGUGGAGAGAUAGGGCGAUGGUAGGGACACCUGGACGAAUGGGAUUGGUUACAGGACGCGGUGCUAUUGGGACUCCAAGAAUCGGGCGAACUCCAUUGACGAUUGGCCGUGAAAACUUGUCACCGGUGGCGGGAAGUGGCCGUGGCCGUGUUCGUGGAAGUGCUCUGCCGACUUGGUACCCGAGAAGGCCACUUAAUGACAUUACUCCUGUUAUGAGGGCAAUUGAAAGAAGAAGAGAGCGUAGGAGAAGUGGUGAAGGCCUACAAACGGAGAGUCCUAUUCUCCAGGACUGGAUAUUCCAAGAUCCCUCCGUAUCCACAUCAAGUGCUCGACUCGAGCACAACAUAUCUCUAAGAUCUCCACCCCCCACAAUUUUAAAGAGGCGUUGCCCACCGACUAUAGGUAAAGUUCCCAAGAUAUUACUCGAUAUCACAAAUCAGAAAAACGGAGAUUCAUCUUGCUUGACGCCACAAAAGAAGCUACUGAACAAUAUCGACACAGUGGAGAAAGUUGUGAUGGAGGAGCUUCGGAAGCUGAAACGAACUCCGUUGGCUAAACGAGCGGAAAGGGAGAAAAGGGUUCGGACGUUGAUGUCAAUGCGGUAAUUCUGACGGUUCUUUAGUGGCAAAUGUUUCUCAAUCAAGGUUGAGGUUUUUACAGUGAUGUGAUGUGGAUGCUGAUGUGGAAUUUCGAGUGGCUGGUUGAUCAUCUAUUGAUGAUCUUAUUAUCCUUAGUGCUUUUUGAUCAUCUCUUGAUGAUAACCCCCAUUUAAAUAGGUCUGUUUUUUGAUUUUGUUUUGCUAAAUAGGAUGAAUUUGAUUCUUGAUAAGCAGAUGUAAAUAAAGACUAUUUUUGGGUUCUAUUUGUUCUUACUGAGGUAUAUUUUUCUUA